AUGGCGGCUCCGACCACGCCUACAGCAUUCGGAUCUCGACUUACUGCAGGACCUGUCUUUCCUCAAGUCGCCGAGUCUUCACGAACAUCAGGCUCAAACACUCCAACACAGACGACGUACCUAAUGCCCACAAGUCCCGCCAAGAAUAGGCGAGGCCCCCCAGAAGGCCAAAAGCCCAAGAUCUGGAAAACGACCGGACAAAAGCCAGCAUGUCUCGUCAACGCAUCCGUAACAUAUUGCGGCGAUAACAAGAUCUAUGCUUUUGGUGGAUUCGACCAGUUCACUGACGAAGUCUACAAUCACGUCCUCCGCUUAGAUCUCAAUAAUCUUAACUGGCAACUAGUCGACAACUAUGGAGACAUCCCUGGCGUUCGAAUGGGCCACUCAGCCUCGUUGUAUCAGGGCGACAAGCUCCUCGUAUAUGGCGGCGAGAAUGAGCACCGCGAGUACCUAUCAGACGUCGUCAUCCUCGACCUCAACACCCAUACGUGGACUCAACCAGACACCCAAGGCCCAAUCCCAAAAGGAAGAGCUCGACACGCGGCCGUCGUCUACGAGGACAAGUUGUUCGUUAUUGGCGGACUCACGGGCGAGACUAACUACAUCCUCGAUGACAUCUGCUAUUUAGACCUCAAGACCAUGACAUGGUCGAAGACGUGGAGCUUUGUGCAGCGAUUUGACCACUCUGCCUGGAUAUGGGGAGGCCGGCUGUGGGUACUCGGUGGUCUCGGUCAUGAGAUGGAGCGGUCAUCAGAGAUUUGGUGGCUUGACCUGAAAGGGUCAGCGUCACUCUCAGGCUCUGGUCGCCGUCUUCCUUCGAUGGGUAGGGCGACCAGCUCGACACACGACAGAUUCGCCCCAAGGUCAGAUCGACUCGAUGCAUAUCCUGCAAACUCAGGCAGUCUUCACAUUCGAUCGUCUAGAAGGGAGAAGCCCAAUGCUCCGGGUGCAAUCUCGUCUCUGAAGUUCGUCUCAGGUCCGAAUGUACCGCAGCAGUCAACAGGCACACAUUUUCACGUCUGCUCGUCCGGCGCACUUCUGGAUUUUGUUACCCCAACGACAACAAUACGACCUAGCGAGUGCAACUUGUCGUCAUUGGAGCUCGACUCACUACGCUGGCAGCGAAUUGUCGAAGGACCAGAGAUAUUUGCUCCGGGCUACAAGUGGCACUACUGCUGCAUCAACGAGGACGGCACUCAAGCCUGGCUGAUGGGAUCGCCGACGGAGGACACAGCCAAUGCUAAUCAAGAGUUGCAGUUGAGCGAAGUCCUCUCAAUAGAUCUCAAGCGUUAUGGUCUACUGGGAAACGAUCUCGUCAGCCCAAACUCCGAGCAGACACGCAUCCUAGCAGCCGAGCAGACCGCGACUAGCACUGUCGGACUCGGUGCAGAUCUCGCAUCGAUGUUCGACCAAUCACCGGAGGGUGGCAUGACCGACUUCACCAUCACAGCAAAUGCUGACGACUACGACGAUGAUGAUAUGUCCGCUGAUGGCGACCUUGGUCAAGCACCAGCCGCACGCUACUCCACCAACACGAGUGGCAGCCAGAUGUUCGUUUCCGACUCCUCGUCAACCUCACCUCUGAUCCAUGUCCACAAGAUCAUCCUGCACGCCCGCUGGCCACACUUCCGCCGCUUGUACUCCUCCAAAAUGAUCGAAUACCAGACGUCCCGCAUGCACAUCCCCGAACCAUACUCUGUCGUGCGCGCCUUCCUAUACUAUCUCUACACAGACUCGAUCGCACCAUCACAAUACUGCCGAGAUCUCACUGACGUGGCCGGCAUGCUCGUCAUGGCCAACCUCUACGACAUGCCCAAGCUCCGCCUGCUCUGCGUUAACCGCCUGUCGCGAGAAAUCGACAUCGACCAUGCAGCCGUUAUCUGGGAUCGUGCGGGCCGCACAGACGAGGAGUGGCUGCGCCAGAGAGCAGCGCGUUUCUGCAUGAUGAAUUGGGGCAGAGUCGUCAGAACAGAAGGGUUCAAAACACUUAGCCAUGCCCGGCUCAUCGAGUUGUGCCAUGUUGUCGACAUGGAAGGCAAAGUCAUCGGUGGCGAUGAGCUAGACGAGCCAGUACACCAAGCUUCGAACGCUAGGAGACGACGAAGUGAGGUCGAGAGCGAAGAUGGCGGUGAGGGAGAUGACGAUGCGGAGGGCAUGGACAUUGCUUAG